UCUUCUUACCAUAGGCUGAGCAUGUCUAAGACCGAGACAUUUACAUUACAGACUCGAGGUAGUUCACAUCAAGUGGGCCUUGUCUCAUGGGCAGCCGUUGUGAUGCAGGUGUUUGGAUUCUACGGACGACAUCCAAGAUGAAAAGGAUCCUUCUAAUAUUCUUGCCUUCGACUGUCAGAUUUAUUUGUUGUGUAAUUGUAGAAGGAUCCAUCGAGUGGCUGAACUAUGAGCCACGGGGAAAGAAAUACCAGAGCAAAGGGCUCAUAGUAACUGAUAGAGGGUAAAGACCCGCCGCGAAGAUAGCGAAAUAAAUUCUUGGAAUCAGAACGCA